AUGAGCAUGCUGAACCGCUUCUCGAGCGCCGUGCAGACGGCCGUGUCGGGCGCGGCGUCGGCCGCCGUCUCGGGCGCGCAGAACCUGCAGGGCAUGCUGAGCGAGGAGUACCUGAAGCACUACGAGACGCCCAAGGACUGCACGGCGUCGGGCGGCCACGAGCUGAGCUGGAAGAUCUUCCCGGCCGUGCACCGCAAGACCAACCACGAGUACAGCGUGUUCCUCUUCGACAAGGACGACCUCAAGCGCCUCAAGAGCAAGGAGGCGCAGGACCGCGUGCUCGAGAUCCUGCGCCAGGAGAUGAAGACGCUGCGCGUGCUGCGCCACCCGCACGUGCUCAAGGUGGAGGAGGUCUUCGAGGAGAGCCGCCGCUCGCUGUGCUUCGUCACGGAGCGCGUCACGUGCUCGCUGGCCAACGCCUGCAAGAACUUCACCAACAUCGCCAACGUCACGCCCGAGGUGCUCGAGAUCGGCCUCACCGAGUUCGAGCUCGCCUGCGGCCUCAUGCACGUGGGAGAGGCGCUCAGCUUCCUGCACCGCGAGGGACGCCGCGUGCACCUCAGUCUCGGCCCGCACAGCAUCUUCAUCACGCCCAAGGGCGAGUGGAAGCUCGGCGGCAUGGGCUUCUGCCGAGUCGUGGAGCCAGGACAGACGUCGCGUAGCGAAUACUACAGCUUCGACGCCUCCACGGGCACGAGGAACCCGACGACUGGAGCGAUCGAGGGCAGCUGGGAACCCCCGCUCGAGUACUGCGCGCCCGAGCUGGUCACCGAGCCGCGCCAGUUCGACUGCAAGGCGGAUAUGUUUUCGCUCGGUCUGCUGGUGUACGAACUCUUCGUGCCAGCUCGUGCCGACGGCGGACGCAAUCCUGUACUGGAUGUGCGCGACGGCAACAAGAUGACCCACGGCUACAAGGUGCAGUCUCUGCACCCGAUCUCGUUCCCGACCUCAGUGCCGACAGCGCUACAGAACACAAUCCGUUCGCUGCUGUCAGUGGAGCCGGCAAAGCGUCCCGAGGCCCGCGCGUUCCUCGCGUCGCCGUUCUUUGAUUCGGGUCCGAUCAAGACCCUGCGGACGCUGCAAAGUUUGGUGGAGCAGGAGCCAGCGGCACAGGCGAAGUUCCUCACGACGCUGCCCGACGCUAUCGAUGGAUUCUUGCCGCGUGUGCUGCGUGAUAUGGUCAUUCCGGGUCUUCAGUCGGUCGUCAUUAACAAGGCUGUUGCUCCGUUUGUGAUCACUCCGCUGCUCAAAAUUGUGGCCAAGGUGGACAAGCAGACGUUCUCGUACUCGAUCGCGCCCAUGAUGGUCCCUCUGCUGGCCAUCACGGAGCCUGUGCAAUGUAUGCUGAUGUUCGUGUCCGAGCUGGAAACGCUCAUCCCGAAGGCCGAGGACGGCUAUAUUCGCGACCACGUUGUGCCUAUGCUCUGCCGUGCUUUGGAUAGCACGGUGCCUGAAAUCCUGGACACCGUGCUGAACAAGAUUGUGGACCAAGCGAGCUUGUUCGAGUACCGCAUCCUGAAGCAGGUGAUUUUGCCGCGCGUGAACAAGCUCAUUCUUACUCCACCGCAGCCUUCCGUGCGAAUCAACGCCUUGCUCUGGCUGGCCAAGUCGUUCCACGUGUUUGACAAGGACCUGCUGAUUGAGAGCGUGCUGCCCACUCUGCAGCAGACUCUUCACGAAGACAAGACCCCCGCCGCGUGUAUGUGCAUCCUCGGCUGCUACGAUAACCUCGGCAAGCAUCUGGGUCCGGAGUUCACGGCAAAGCUGAUCAUCCCUGCGGUGGCUCCGCUUUUGUGGGAGCAGACCUUGAACAACUCGCAGUUUGACAUGGUGUGCGAGAAAAUUCAGGACAUGCUCAAGGCUGUGAUUAGCGAGCGUGACAAGUCCUUCACUUCGCAUAGCUCUGUUAGCUCUGUGACUACAGGCAUUACGGCCGCUUCUGGAAUGUCUGAAGCCGUUCGUGCCGCGGAGGCCUCGAAGGAGAAGGAGUCGGGCGUUGCUGCAGCAAAUAAACUGCUGUCUGAAGAAUACGUCCCGAAGAAGCAGCCCGAACCGGAGGCCGGACAGAACCAGAGGCCCGACCGUUACUCGGACGACCCGUUCUACCUGGGCGACUCCAAAUCGUCCUCUAGCAGCAGGACGCAGAGCACCAGAACGGAGCGGCGUGACUCGGCUGGUCACCGCGAGUCAGCAGCGGAGCGUGCGGAGUCGUUCUCGGCACGCCGCCGUGCAGGCAAGAAGGGAAGUGCACGGUCCAACAACCGUCGUGCAGGCAAGAAGGACGAUGGAAACGCUGAUCUGCUGGGUAUGGAUGCUACUGCUUCCAAGCCGUCUACCACGUCAAACGAUCUUCUCGACACUGGCAAUCUGCUCACUGCUCUCCCUGCUGCUCCAGCACCUGCUGCGGCGCCAGGUUCCAACGGUGGUGGUGGUGAAAUGUUUAAUGGUAUGAGCAUGGGUAUGAGCGGUGGCGUCCAGUCGGGAGCACCAACGUACACAAGCCAGAACACGAUGGGGAUGCAGUCGAACCCGAUGGCUCAGCAGCAAGGCGUGGUGCCUUACGGCCAGAACAUGGGCAAUGGCAUGAUGAACCAGCAGCAGCAGCAGUACAACCCCGGCAUGAUGCAAAUGACUCCGUACGGGAUGCAGCAGCAAGCCCCUAUGAGCGGCGGCGGUGGUUACGGUCAAGGUGGCAACAUGGGGCUUGCCGGCCCCGGUCAGAUGUUGCAGAUCCAAGCCGCUGGGUACGACCCGUAUGCGCCGCAGCAGCAGAGUGGCGACAAGUUUAGCGCCUUUGACGGCUUGUAG